AUGCGUGAGAGCGGCUCCCCAGUGGCGUUGGUUGGAGAGCGUUUGUACUGGGGGCACACUGGCUGGCUGGCUGGAGCUUUCUUUAUUUGCUCCACUGUCUGGAUCCCGGGGCCCCUGGGUGCUCCGAAAGCUCACUUGCACGUCUGCACUCAGAUGUUUGAAAACACCAAACAAGCAGAGGAAGCGAGUGAGCGCACAGGAGGAGGAGGAGGAGGAGGAAAGAAGGGAGAAAGAGGAGAGAGAGGAGUAGAGGGAGAUGGUAGGAGGGCAGGCUAUCCUCCCCGGGCAGAGAGUACCAGCAGAGAGGCCCAGGCGGGUCUGCAGACACUGAUCUGA